ACCUAAAGUACAAUAAUUUAAAAAAAGACAAUGCAAAGAUAAACUUCAGUGUGGCACAACUGAGUUUGCUUUGAUAGGGAAAGAGUGUCCUGAAACCUCCCCAUCUAAAACACCCUCAGCCUGACUCCCCAUUAACCUCCAUCUUCUAAUACUGUUUUAUUUUGCACCCCUAACUGAUACUAUACUACAUAUUUUGUAGUAUAAUGAUCUACCUCCCCAGCUUAACAUAAGCUCUACAUAAGCAGAAAUCUGUCUGCUCUAGUGCUAUGUCCCCAGCAGGUGAAUUGUGCUUUUCACAGAACAGGGACUACAGAGUCUGAAUUAGAGAGGUCUACCUCUGAAUGUUUCUAAAAGAAAACUCUCCCUCUGUCCCUCCAGAUUUCAAUAUAAUGCCCAUAGAGUUGGGAAGGGAGGACCCCAUCAAGGACCAUGAGGUUAACAAGCCUUCCCACAAUUAACACGGUAGCUAAUUGUGACCAAACAGAAGAAACAAAGACUUGCUAGGUUCUCAUGAUUGGUGUUAUGAAAUCAGAGCAUGUUGAAUAACAAAACUUCUUGUUGAUAACUGAGCCCAAGUCAAUGGAAAGAAUCAACCAAACCAGCAGUGUCUCUGAGUUCAUCCUCCUAGGACUCUCCUCCCGGCCUGAGGACCAAAAGCCACUCUUUGUUCUGUUCCUCAUCGUGUACCUCAUCACCAUAACAGGAAACCUGCUCAUUAUCCUGGCCAUUUGCUUCAACCCCCAUCUUCAGACACCUAUGUAUUUCUUCUUGAGUUUUCUCUCUCUCACUGAUAUUUGCUUUACAACAAGUGUUGUCCCCAAGAUGCUGGUAAACUUCCUGUCAGAAAAGAAGACCAUCUCCUAUGCAGGGUGUCUGACACAGAUGUAUUUCCUCUAUGCCUUUGGCAACAGUGACAGCUGCCUUCUGGCAGUCAUGGCCUUUGACUGCUAUGUGGCCAUCUGUGACCCCUUCUACUAUGGCACCACCAUGAGCCACCACCGCUGUGUCCUCCUGGUGGCCUUCUCCUGCUCAUUUCCUCACCUCCACUCACUCCUGCACACACUGCUGCUGAAUCGUCUCACCUUCUGUGACUCCAAUGUUAUCCAUCACUUUCUCUGUGACCUCAGCCCUGUUCUGAAAUUGUCCUGCUCCUCCAUAUUUGUCAAUGAAAUUGUGCUGAUAACAGAAGGGCCUAUUGUUUUGGUGACUCCUUUUCUAUGCAUUGCUUUCUCUUAUAUACGAAUUCUCAUUACAAUUCUCAAGAUUCCCUCUACUUCUGGGAAACGCAAAGCUUUUUCCACCUGUGGUUCUCAUCUCACUGUGGUAACACUCUUUUAUGGCAGCAUCUUCUAUGUCUAUUUACAGCCCCCAUCCACCUACACUGUCAAGGACCACAUGGCAACAAUUGUCUACACAGUUUUGUCAUCCAUGCUCAAUCCUUUUAUCUACAGCCUGAGAAACAAAGACCUGAAACAGGGCCUGAGGAAGCUUAUGAGCAAGAGAUCAUAGGAAGCGUCCUCUUGAAAAACCCGUAAGUGGAAUCUGCUCAACUUGGACCUGGUUUCUAGUGAACAGUCAAGUUGUUAGAAGCUAGCCCUUCUGACCCAUGUGAGACAAGGCUAUUGUGGGCACGUGUAUCUCUUAAAUCACAGUACUUUCCUGUCUAUGUCUCCUCUUUUUAAGAAAGAUUUAUUUUUCCCACUGUCUUAUUUUCUAAAAAAUGCUUUAACCUAAUCCUUUCCCCACAAAUAUUUCCCAAAUAAAUUUCUCUCUGUUUGUUAAGGCAUAUCCUCCAAAAUCUUUACAUUUCAAUAUACUAGUGAAAAUACAUAGUUUGUAGCUGUUGAAUGUUUUUGCAAAAAAAAUUUGAAAAGAGAAAGAAUGAAGGAAGAGGAGGAUAUAUAUUUUAGCUAAUUUUCUCAUCUUGAGAAAUUUUAAUUUUUUUUAUUUUUCUCCUUCUAAAAAUGUUUUAUUGCUUAAAGCUUGAGCUUUUACUUUUACCUUUCCUUUAUUAUACUGCUGUAGUUUUAUUUACUUUUAAUUUCCUCUUAUUUUAUCAUACAAUUUUAAAAUGCUAAUGGUCAGAAAGAACAAGAACCACAAGUGAUAACAUGGAAAUUAUCCAUUUCACACAGGGGAAGUUGAAAUGUUUCUUCUGGUUCACCUUCCCAUACACUAUGUGUUUAAAAUGUGUGAUUUAAUACUUCAUCUAGAAACUGUUUUUCACUUAUAAAUUUGUAUUAAUAUUAUUGUAAAUGUCUAUUGAAUAUUGUGAGAUAUAUGUAUGUAUAAUCUCCAAAGAUAUUCAGGAAAUCUCAGUCUAUCACAGAUAAAAAUGGCAACAACUUGAAACCUUUUCAAUAGGGAAAUGGAGAAAGAUGCUAUGAUUAAUUCCAUAAAAUGUAACUAUGUGCAGCAUGUUCAAAUAAUCAAAUAUAUCUUUAUUGCUUCCUUGAAAAGCCAUUAAGUAGGAAAAUGAAGAUGUGGAACAAAUGUAAAAGUAUGAAUUCACUAGAUUAAAAAUUUACAUGAAUAUAAAUGUACAUGUGUGUGUAGUCACUGGAGUAAGAAUGGAAAGGGCAGGGGGAACACGGGAGGAGAGUAUUUCUUCUUUAUACGUUGUAAUAUCUGAAUUUGUUAAAAUAAACAUUUAUUGCCCAUGGAAUUGAAAACUAUUAAUAAACAAGAUGGCCAGACAAUGGUGAAAGACUUCAUAAAUUACCAGUUGAAGAAAAACUUUCUGAGUGCAUGCAUAUCUAAAAACAUGACUUUGGCACAGUUAGUAGACAAUUUGAUAAUUUGGUAGGAUAUAGCAUUCUAGGUCCAAAACUUUUCUUUUGGAUCUUUUAAAGAUGUGGCUAUAUUAUUCUAACACCUUGGGUGUUUUCAGUGAUAAAACAUCCUAAUUUGUGUUCCUUUGUAAUGAUUUCCUUCUCAUUGAAUCAUACUCCAUAGAUCCCUGACAACAAACAUGGCUAUGUUGCCAACUGGUUAGGUCUUGGAAGAGCAGACCUUGAUUCCACCUACUUUACUCCAAGCCUGAGUUCAGGAGCCCAGUCAUUUUUCUUGACUGUGUGUUUUCUCAUAGGUGUUAAGAUGUAACAAAAGGGUAAAAAAUAAAACACUAGGCAAACACUUUCUAGACUUGAAAUCAAAAGAAAAGAGCAUGAUUUAUAAAAGGAAAUAUUUUAAAGUUGAACUUCAUAAAAAUUAAACUACUAGAAGGUGAAGAUGGAGAGAAGGUGAGUUUAAAACUACUUAUCUGGUACUAUGCUCACUACCUGAGUGAUGGGAUUCAAAUCUCAGAAUCACACAGUAUUCCUAUAUAACAAAUCUGUACAUGUACCCAUUUAUUUAAAUAAAAGUUGAUAUUUAACAAUUAAAAACUUGUUCUGUAAGAAAUACUGUCAAGAGAAUGAAAAGAGAAGCUGAAGAGUGGGAGAAAAUAUUUGCAAAUCACAUAUUCAGUAAAGGCCUAGUACCCAGAAUGCAUAGAAAGCUCUCAAAACUCAAUAGUAAAAAGUAAACAAUCCAAUUGGAACUUCAAAAAAAGACAUGAAGAGACAUUUCAUCAAAGGAGAUACACAGAUGGCAGAUAAGAACAGAAAAAGAUAUUAGAAUAUCAUUAGUCAUUUGAGAAAUGAAAAUUAAUGACAAUGAGAUUUGACUGCAUACCUAUUAGAAUGGCUAAAAUAAAAAAUAAUGACAACACUAAAUGUUCAUAAGGAUGCAGAGAAACUGAACCACUUAUACUUUUCCUGCCGAAACCACAAAACAAUAGAGCCAUUCAGAAAACGGUCUGGAAGUCUGUUUAAAAACUAAAUAUACACCUGAAUGUGAUGGUGAGAAUGAAUUCAAGCUGGAAAACACUCUACAGGAUAUUAUCCAGAACUUCCCCAACCUAGAAAGGCAGUCCAGCAUUCAAAUCCAAGAAAUACAGAGAACUCCACGAAGAUAUUCCUCAAGGAGAGCAACCCAAAGGCACAUAAUCAUCAGGUUCACCAUGGUUGAAAUGAAGGAAAAAAUGCUAAGGGCAGCCAGAGAGAAAGGUCAGGUCACCCACAAAGGGAAACCCAUCAGACUUACAGUGGAUAUUUUGGCAGAAACCCUACAAGCCAGAAGAGAGUGGGGGCCAAUAUUCAACAUCCUUAAAGAAAAGAACUCAACCCAGACUCUCAUAUCCAGCCAAACUAAGCUUCAUAAGUGAAGGAGAAAUAAAAUCCUUUAUGGACAAGGAAUUACUAAGUGAUUUCAUCACCACCAGACCUGCCUUACAAGAGCUCCUGAAAGAAACACUAAACACAGAAAGGAACAAGUACCAGCCAGUGCAAAAGCAUACAAAAUGGUAAAGCCCAAUAAUGCAAUGAAGAAACUGAGCCAACUAAUGGGAAAGAAAACCAGCCAGUAACAAAAUGGCAGGAUUAAAUUCACAUAUAACAAUAUCAAUAUUGAAUGUAAACAGCUUGAAUGCUCCAAUCAAAAGAUACAGACUGGCAAAUUGGAUAAAAAGUCAAGACCCAUUGGUGUGCUGUAUUCAGGAAACCCAUCUCACGUACAAAGACACACAUAGACUCAAAAUAAAGGGAUGGAAGCAGAUUUACCAAGCAAAUGAAGAACAAAAAAAAGCAGGGGCUGCAAUCCUAGUCUCUGAUAAAACAGACUUCAAACCAACAAAGAUCAAAAGAGACAAAGAAGGGCAUUACAUAAUGGUAAAAGGAUCAAUCCAACAAGAAAAGCUAACUAUCCUAAAUAUAUAUGCACCCAAUACAGGAGUACCCAGAUACAUAAAGCAAGUUCUUAACAUUCUAAAAGGAGAUUUAGAUUCCCACACAAUAAUAGUGGGAGACUUCAACACUCCACUGUCAAUAUUAGACAGAUCGAUGAGACAGAAAAUUAACAAGGAUAUCCAGGACUUGAACUCAGAGCUGGACCAAGCAAAAUUAAUAGACAUCUACAGAAUGCUCCACCCCAAAUCUACAGAAUAUACAUUCUUCUCAGCACCACAUUGCACUUACUCUAAAAUUGACCACAUAAUUGGAAGCAAAUCACUCCUCAGCAAAUGCAAAAGAAUGGAAAGCAUAACAAACAGUAUCAGACCACAGCACAAUCAAAUUAGAACUCAGCUUUAAGAAACUCACUUAAAUCUGCACAACUACUUGGAAACUGAACAAUAUGCUUCUGAGUGUCAACUGGAUAAACAAUGCAAUGAAGGCAGAAAUAAAGACAUUCUUCAAAACCAACAAGGAUGAAGACACAACAUACCAAAAUCUCUGGGACACAUUUAAAGCAGUCUCUAGAGGGAAAUUUAUACCAAUAAAUGCCCACAUGAGAAACAAGGAAAGAUCUAAAAUCGACACCCUAUCAUCAAAAUUGAAAGAGCAAGAGGAGAAAGAUAGAAAAAAACUCAAAAGCUAGCAGAAGAUAAGAAAUAACUAAGAUCAGAGCAGAACUGAAGGAGACAGAGACACAAAAACCCUUCAAAAAAUCAAUAAAUCCAGGAGCUGGUUUUUUGGAAAGAUUAACAAAAUAGACCACUAGCCAGACUGAUAAAAAAGAAAAGGGAGAAAAACCAAAUAGAUGCAAUAAAAAACAAUAAAGGGGAAAUCACCACAGAUUCCACAGAAAUUCAAACCAUCAUCAGAAAAUAUUACAAACAACUCUAUGCACAUAAACUAGUAAAACUGGAAGAAAUGGAUAAAUUCCUGGACACGUGUGCCCUCCCUAGCCUAAACCAGGAAGAAGCUGAAACCCUGAAUAGACCAAUAACAAGGGCUGAAGUUGAGGCAGCAAUCAAUAGCCUACCAACCAAAAAAAGUCUAGGUCCACAUGGGUUCACAGCUGAAUUCUACUAGACAUACAAAGAGGAGCUGGUACUAUUUCUUCUGAAACUAUUCCAAACAAUAAAAAAGAGGGAAUCCUCCCUAACUCAUUUUAUGAAACCAACAUCAUCCUGAUACCAAAACCUGGAAGAGACUCAACUAAAAAAGAAAACUUCAGGCCAAUAUCCAUGAUGAACAUUGAGGCAAAAAUCUUCAACAAAAUACUGGCAAACUGACUGCAACAGCAUAUCAAAAUGUUUAUUCAUCACAAUCAAGUAGGCUUCAUCCUGGGGAUGCAAGGCUGGUUCAACAUAUGCAAGUCCAUAAAUGUAAUCCACCACAAAAACAGAACCAAAGAUAAAAACCACACGAUUAUCUCAAUAGAUGCUGAGAAGGCCUUUGACAAAAUUCAACAGCCCUUCAUGCUAAAAACUCUCAAUAAACUGGGUAUCAGCUGAACAUAUCACAAAAUAAUAAAAGGUAUUUAUGACAAACCCACAGCCAACAUCAUAUUGAAUGGGCAAAAGCUGGAAGCAUUCCCUUUGAAAUCAGGCACUAAACCAGGAUGCCCUAUCUCACCACUCCUAUUCAAUAUAUUAUUGGAAGUUCUAGCCAGAGGAUUCAGGCAAGAAAAAGAAAUAAAGCGUAUUCAAUUAGGAAAGGAGGAAGUCAAAUUUUCUCUAUUUGCAGAUGACAUAAUUGUAUAAUUAGAAACCCCAUCAUCUGAGCCCAAAAUCUCCUGAAACUGAUAAGCAACUUCAGCAAAGUCUCAGGAUACAAAAUCAAUGUGCAGAAAUCAUAAGCAUUCCUAUCUAACAAUGACAGACAAACAGAGCCAAAUCAAGAGUGAACUCCCAUUCACAGUUGCUACAAAGAGAAUAAAAUAUCUAGGAAUACAAUGAACAAAGGAUAUAAAGGAUCCCUUCAAGGAGAACUACAAACCACUGCUCAAGGAAAUUAGAGAGGACACAAACAGAUGGAAAAAUAUUCCAUGCUCAUGGUUAGGAAGAAUCAAUAUUGUGAAAAUGGCCAUACUUCCCAGAGUAAUUUAUAGAUUCAAUGCUAUCCCCAUCAAGCUACCAAUGACCAUCUUCACAGAACUGGAAAAAACCACUUCAAACUUCAUAUGGAACCAAAAGAGAGCCCACAUAGCCAAGACAAUCUUAAGCAAAAAGAACAAAGCCAGAGGCAUCACGCUGCCCAACUUCAAACUAUACUACAAGGCUACAGUAAUCAAAACAGCAUAGGACUGGUACCAAAACAGAGACAUGGACGAGUGGAACAGAACAGAGGCCUUGGAACCAACACCGCACACCUACAACCAUCUGAUUUUUGACAAAUUUGACAAGAACAAGCAAUGGGGAAAGAAAUCCCUAUUUAAUAAAUGGUGUUGGGAAAACUGGAUAGCAAUGUGCAGAAAGCAGAAACUGGAAUCCUUCCUGUCGCCUUACACUCAAAUUAACUCCAGAUGGAUUAAAGAUUUAAACAUAAGACCUAACAUCAUAAAGACCCUAGAAGAAAGCCUAGGCAAACCAUGCAGGACAUUGGCAGAGGCAAGUAUUUCAUGACUAAAACACCAAAAGCAAUGGCAACAAAAGCCAAAAUAGACAAAUGGGACCUAAUUAAACUUCAGAGCUUCUGUACAGCAAAAGAAACAAUCAUUAGAGUGAACUGGCAACCAACAGAAUGGGAAAAAAAAUGUGCAAUCUACCCAUCAGACAAAGGGCUAAUAUUCAGAAUCUACAAAGAACUAAAAAAGAUAAGAAAAAACAAAGAAACCCAUUCAAAAGUAGGAGAAGGAUAUGAACAGACACUUUACAAAAGAAGACAUCUAUGAGGCCAACAAGCAUAUGAAAAAAUGCUUAUCAUCACUGGCCAUUGGAGAAAUGGAAAUCAAAACCACAUUGAGGUAUCAUCUCAUGCCAGUUAGAAUGGCAAUCAUUUAAAAAUCUGGAGACAGAUUCUGGAGAGGAUGUGGAGAAAUAGGAACACUUUUACACUGCUGGUGGGAGUGUAAAUUAGUUCAAUCAUUGUGGAAGACAAUGUGGCAAUUCCUCAAGGAUCUAGAAAUAGAAAUUUCACUUGACCCAGCAAUCCCAUUACUGGGUAUAUAAUGAAAGGAUUAUAAAUCAUUCUAUUAUAAAGAUACAUGCACAUGUAUGUUCAUUGCAGCACUGUUUACAAUAGCAAAGACCUGGAGCCAACCCAAAUGCCAUAAAUGAGAGACUGGACAAAGAAAAUUUGGCACAUAUACACUAUGGAAUACUAUGCAGCCAUAAAAAUUGAUGAGUUCAUGUCCUUUGUAGGGACUUGGAUUAAUCUGGAAACCAUCAUUCUCAGCAAACUGACAGAAGAACAGAAAACCAAACACUGCAUGUUCUCACUCUUAGGCAGAUGUUGGACAAUGAGAACACCUGGGCUCAGGGAGAGGAGCAUCACACACUGAGAAUGCGCAACGCCAAGAAUGAACUCCAAUGUAAACAAUGGACUUUGGGUAAUGAUGUGUCAGUGAAGGCUAAUGGAUUGUAACAAAUGUACCACUCUGGUGAGAGAGGUCGAUUAGUUCGGGAGAUUGUGCAUGUGUUGCAGUAAAAGAGUAAGUUGAUGGAGGAAGUAAAUACACACCCAUAAGAGACCCAUAGAAGAGAAGAACCACCGUGAGAUGAGAACCACAGGUAGAGAAGGCCUUCCAUUGCCCUCCAGGAGAUGAGAUGCCAAACACAGCCCAGGAAAUGCGGACAUAGGAGAAGACGAUCAGCAGGAGGGGAACAGCGAGGAACAGCAAGCCCAUGGUGAUGAUCAUCAGCUCGUUUACAUGGGUAUCUGUACAGGCAAGCUUCAGGAGAGCACUGGGAUCACAGUAGAAGUGGGGGAUGGCUUUCUGGGCACAGAAACCCACACGGGUCAGCAGCAGUGUGUGCAUCAGGGCAGGACAGUUGGUUAGCACCCAGCACAUACCCAGCAUUAGUGCACAGAGCUGGGGACUCAUAGCUGUGCUAUAAUAGAGUGGCUGGCAGAUGGCCACAUAGCGAUCAUAUGCCAUCACAGCCAGCAGGCAGUUGUCAAGGCCACCAAACAUAAGGAGGAAAUAUAGUUGUGCAAGACACCCAGAAUAGGAGAUGGUCUGACUCUGGGUAUGAAUGUUGGCCAGCAUUUUGGGGAUUGAGGCAGUAGUGAAACAGGCAUCAGUUAAUGAUAGGUUGGCCAGAAAGAAGUACAUGGGAGUUUGAAGGUGUGGGUCAGAGCUGAUGGCCAGGAUGAUGAGCAGGUUUUCCACCAUGGUGACUAGGUACAUGCCAAGGAAGAUGUCAAACAGAAGAGGCUGCUCCUCUGGCCGCUCAGAGAGUCCUAGAUGGAGGAAGUCUGAAACAGUGGUUUGGUUCACUCUGCCUGG